AUGGCUGCCCUCAGACUUCUGGUGAAGUCCAAUGUUGUCAAAAAGAAGACCAAGAAGUUCAUUUGGCACCACUCAGACCAAUAUGUCAAAAUUAAGCGCAGCUGGUGGAAAUCCAUGGGUAUUGACCACAGCGUGCCGAGAAGAUUCAAAGGCCAAAUUCUGAUGCCCAACACCGGUUAUGGGAGCAACAAGAAAACAAAGCACACGCUGCUCGGUGGCUCUCGGAAAUUCCUGGUCCACAGCAUCAAGGAGCCAGAAGUGUUCCCGAUGCGCAGCAAAUCUUCCCGUGCCGAGACCACUCACAAGGUUUCUUCAAAGAACUGCAAAGCCAUCGUGGAAAGAGCAGCCCGUGGCCAUUAG